GGCUGGGGUCGGCUGCGGAUUGGGUGAGGAUCGGGUGGAGCACAAGGACACGGUUCCAGCUCUGAGAGGCCCCAGAAACCCUUGCUGUUGGGAGCCUGGUCAGCCGAAGGAUGCGGCUGUGCAGCCCUGCAGACAUCCCCAUAGCAGAGGUGGGCCAGAUAGGCUCCAGAGUGGUGGGCAGCGUGCGCUCCGCUGCGGAGGGCUAGCCACGCUCCAGCCCGGCUGCCUGUGCAGCUACGACCAGAGCAGAAGCUGUACAUGGAGAGCAGACCACAUCUGGGGUGCAAGGUCAAAAGUCCCAUUGCAGGGCUUCGCGGUACACCAGCACCCUCCAUUCUGAUAAGUCUUCUGUCCCCAGAUUACUCGGGUGCAAGGGAGAGCUCCAGGAUAUCAGGUGCACACCCUUACCCCAAGCCCCCGAGCCUGAGACCCCACCCUGAUGAGUCAUGUUUGGAGCCUGGUAACCAGAAUGACCAACAUGCACAGUGUGCAUGUUGUCGCCUGAGGAGACACCAUUCUACAUUGGAGAUUAUGACUUCCAAACCAGAGCAAGAAGCAUAAAAAGAUGCUAGCAGACAGAAUCCGGCUGUGGGGCGGGGCGGAGAGUCUGUGGAGAACGGUCACGUGCAGGAAGCGGAAGUGCCAGCCUGCUCUCAGCGUCUCCCAACCUAUCUUAGAACCGAUCUGCAUCUAGGAAGACUGGACCAGGGUCUUCCCCUUAGUUUUGACCACCCUGGUCCAGGGCGAUGGCUCCGCCUGGGGACCCACAGCACCUCCGUAGGCUGGUGCAGGAAGGCCGGCUGCGCGACCUGCGGGAGGAGCUGGAGGGAGCCGGAGGUUACUGGGGGCCAGAGAUGGCCCGAGGCAGCCAAGGGCCAGCCAGGGACACCCUUCUUCACUGUGCAGCACGCCACGGGCGCCAGGACAUCCUAGCGUACCUAGUGGAGGCUUGGAGUAUGGACAUCGAGGUUGCCAACCAAGACUACAAGCGGCCUCUGCACGAAGCUGCCUCUAUGGGCCACCGGGACUGCGUGCGCUACCUCCUGGGCCGAGGUGCAGUCGUGGACUCCUUGAAGAAGGCGGACUGGACUCCUCUGAUGAUGGCUUGUACAAGGAAGAACCUUGAAGUGAUCCAGGACCUUGUGGAACACGGUGCCAAUCCGCUCCUGAAGAACAAGGACGGCUGGAACAGUUUCCACAUCGCCAGUAGAGAAGGCGACCCUGUGAUCCUCCGGUAUUUGCUCACCAUCUGCCCAGAUGCUUGGAAAACAGAGAGCAAAAUUAGAAGAACUCCUUUACACACUGCAGCAAUGCACGGCUGUCUCGAAGCAGUCCAGGAGCUUCUUGAGAGGUGUCACUAUGAACCAGACUGUAGAGACAACUGUGGUGUCACACCCUUCAUGGAUGCAAUUCAGUGUGGCCAUGUCAGCAUAGCCAAGCUGCUCUUUGAAAUACACAAGGCUUGCCCUUCAGCUGCAGACAGCCUGGGGGCCCAGGCUCUACACCGAGCAGCGGUCACCGGGCAGGACGAAGCCAUACGGUUCCUGGUGUGCGGCCUUGGCAUUGAUGUAAACGUGAGAGCAGAGCCUAGCCAGCUCACAGCACUUCACUACGCAGCGAAGGAAGGACAGACGAGCACAGUUGAAACGCUGUUGUCCUUGGGUGCUGACAUCAACUCUACAGAUGAAAGAAACCGCUCAGCCUUGCAUCUGGCCUGCGCAGGCCAACAUGUGGCCUGCACCAGGUUCCUCCUACAGUCGGGUCUGAAGGAUUCUGCAGACCUAUCAGGCACCUUGGCCCAGCAACUCACGAGGAGCGCAGACAUCCUUCGGGACUUUGACCGCGACGUGAAAUCAUAAGGAUGCUUGGACGGUGGUUCCCAUCAUGCUCCUCCGGUUACCGACAGAUCAGUGGGUUACUUCCCAGCCAGCAUUUCCAUCUCCUGCCUUGCCUUCGGCAUGUUCCUCGGCUGGGUGAGCAGGAAUCUGGAUUCCUGGCACGUUGUGUGAUCUUGAACACAGCCAUUUGUUUUUUUCUUUUUUAAACUGUAAUGAAGAUGGAACUCAGAACUUCACAUGCUCAGCAAGCGCCGUGCUGCUAAUGCACAUCACUAGCCCCAAAGCUUGGCUUUUCUACCCUUAGGGAGUGAAUGUAAUAUAUGUGUCUUUAAAUAUAUGAAAAUCUAAUAAUAUACACUGCUGUUUACUCAAGCUAUAAAACACAGUUGGCCUGUUCAGUGCUUUCCUUUGUAGCUUUCAUGUGGCCCUUUGUUUCAUCGCAUGUUUUUGCCAUGUAUAUCAACAUUUAUAAAGACGCUGGAUGGACAGACACUCUUUUAUAUGUAAUGGGUAGCCUGCAUGUAUGUCUGUGUGUGUUGCAUGCAUGCCCAGUGCCUUUGGAAGCCAGAGAGGCCAUCAGAUCCCCCCAGGACUGGAGUUACAGUUGUGUGAGCCUCUGUGUGGGUGCUGGGAAUCAGACCCCAGAUCCUCUGAGGGAAUGGUCAGUGCGCUCCACCACAUUGCUGAGCCGUCUCUCCAGCCCCAGGUAGAAGAUUUUAAAUGCAAAGGAGUUUUUGUCUGUUUCAGUAGAGAAGUUCGGUCAUGAGCAGGAGUGACACUCACUAGGCUAAUACUGUUCCAUCACUCCCUCACUCUGUAUGCGCUUCCCUUGCCAAACAGCAAAGACCCCCCAGCUUCUCUUAAUUAGCCUCCUAUGGAGUUCACAAACCCCUGUUUCUAACCACCAGAUAAUUGCUCCCAUAGAGACACGAUCCUGUCUGGUAAUCUCUUUGUCAUACACUGUACACCUGUGCUCAUCUCCGAUGGCCUUACCACUCUCCCUUGCAGCAGAGAUCUCCUGGUUCUGAUGCCUUAUGGAUCUGAGGAUGAUACGGGGGUGUGGUAUUUUAUGUAUGCAUGUUGGGGCCCAAAGGACAUCCUUAGCACGCACAUAAGCAUUCUCUCCGUUCCCAUUCAUGUUCUCUCUCCCCAACCCUCCUUCCUUCCCUCCCCAACACAAGCCUCUCUGUGCCUGCUGCCAGCCUCACAUUCCUGAUAUUUCUGAGCUCUGAGUGCUGAGCUUUGAGGCCUGAGCUGUGAUGCCUGCUAUCUCUUCCUUGUUUGCAACUCUUCACUCAUAACUAAUUCCCAUGUGUCCCUUUGCUUCUGCCCUUCCCAGUACUAGACUCUGUAAAUGUCGACUGCCACAGACCACUGCUUAAAGUACUCAGCAGCUAACUGUAGCAGAGAAAGUGAUAAUGUGAUACGUGACAACAAUACACUUUGGCUGUAAUGCCGUAUCAGAAAUACUAAUAGCAGUGCAGAUGGUAAUAAUUAUCCCCCCCACCAAUCAUAGUUACUUUCUUCAUUUUCUUUGUGUCUCUCAGUAGGUUACUUUCCCAGGACACCCUGCCUGAAAUGCUAGCCCUUUUGGGCAGCAUUUGCUUCCGCCUUCUUUGUGGUGCUUGGCUUUACUUCAUCUUCAGUGUUCACAGAAUCUAGAGUCACCUGGGAAGGGGGUCAUAAUGACUCACUGUUCCCACUGUAUGUCUGCGAGAGACUUAACUGAGGUGGGAAGGGCCAGCCCACUGCGGGCAGCACCAUUCCCUCCGAGUGUGUCCCGAGCUGUAUGGGGGGACACCGAGAUGAGCAUCAGCAGGCAGGCAGGUGGGCUCGGGCCACUCAUUUCUCUCUGCUUUAACUCCGGAUGCGUCCUGUUAGCUGCUUGAAACCCCUGCCUGGACUGCUGCACGAUUAAGGGCUGACGGUGACUUGGAAUUUGUAAGUGAAAUAAACCUUUCUCUCCUGA